UCCAAGGGUGAGGCUUUUUCAGGAGGGAGGGAUGAGUGCAGAGUGGUCAGAUGGGACAGAGUCAAAGCUUGGCUGAUUUGUUUUCUAUGCCUUAGUAAAGUUUAGCUUCAAAGAGAGGAAGAGGUUAGGACUGGGAUAGCUCUGUGUUGUGAAAGAAGCUUUCCAUCAGAAGUUGAGACACGCUAGCAAACACGUACUUUUUGAGAACUUUUUCUUACUUUGGUUCUCUUUGCGUAACAUUUUUAUUAUUGCUUUUAUUUAUUUAUUAUUGCCUCAGAUCAUAUCUGGCAUGGUAUCUUAUGUGAUUUUGGACCCUGAAGAUGUCUUGAGUGCCAUAGAAUUGUUGUAGUUCCGUGUUUUGUUUUGUUUUUUGUAUGAGAAUUCCUACAGAGCUUCCCUAGCAAACAAUAAAAGGUUAAAGUUGGAAUCCAUCCUUUCCCUGUCUCCUCUAGGCCAUUUGCUUUCUGAAAUGUGAGAAAUCUUCAGAAGAUGAAUGGAGCUAGCAGAAACAUCUGACUAUCCUCUGUAUGACAGUGGCCAUGCGCUUAGACUCAAUCAUCAGAAUAGAAUUUAUCUGGUAUUGGUUGGAUGAAAAAGGCAGGUGGAUUGAAUAUGGAAAAAGGGGAUCAGAGCACAGUGCUGCUGCCACAAUAACCUCAUUUGAAUUGGAAACUGCUUUUCUAGCUGACCACAGAGGUGUUGUUUUCUUCCGUGCUGGUACUCAGUUGUAUGAACUAAGUUUUCAAGAGAUGGUUCAGAGAAAUGUCUAUUAUCAAACCAAGAGAAGAGUCUCCAGAUGGCCUCGAAUUAUCUUCUUUGGAGGUGGCCAGGAAUGCGACAAAGGCCAUCACUUUGAAUCUUCUCUUCCAGUCCAUGUGUUUCCUUCAAGCUGGGACCAGUCAGCGUUGCCUAACUUGGGCUAUAAGCUGGUGACAGUCUCCAAGACAACUGGAGAAUAUCAUGAAAUCAAAGAAUUAUUUGAGAACACAAUGGAAGGUUAUAUUAUUAACAGACUCCAAAGAAUUCAGAAUCCUUCUCUCUGGCAAGUUUUUCAGUGGCAAAGAGAACAGAUGAAGAAGUUGAGUGGAGGGAAGGAGGUGGAUGAAAGACUUCUCUUCCAUGGUACUAGCACUUCCCAUCUGCACGACAUCUGUGCACAGAACUUUGACUGGAGAAUUUGUGGGACCCAUGGAACACUAUAUGGAAAAGAAUUGUAGACAACACUGUCUGGCUUCCCUUCUGCCCUCCCCUGGCUACUAAAUGAUCAUGAGGUCAUCUACAGACAAUGAGAAGGUGCCUUGGACAGUGUGGGGACAGAAGAGAAGCCUUGAGGAAUACACAUGAAGCAUUAUGAUUUGUGAGCAUUGUACAGAUUGGAAGCUAAUGCAUCCUCUCCUUAGUUCAUCCCAUCAAACAUAUGUCCAUUAAACAUGUUCAAGAACUUCUUUUGAAAGGAGCUGCAGUGUGCAUGCAGAGGAACUCUAGAAAUGCUGUAUAUGGCCUAUACAGCAUUAGGGUAGUGUGAUGUUUUUGGCUGGCCUUUGGAAGUGGAACUGGCAACAAAAUGUUGCAGUGUAUCUGCACACUGAAGGAUGAGGAACUCAGGCACUCUCUGACUGUUCAAGCCUCACCUGGUGAACUUAGUUCUCAUUUAGCUGGGUUCUUGGGGGUGGGGUGUUGGCUUGCUCCUUUUUUUGUCUUUUUUCAAUGCCUUGGGAUUCCCCAAACAUAUUCUUGGGCAUAAGAGGACAAUAGCAACCAUGCUAGAUCAGACCAAAGGUCUGUUUCAUCCAAUGUUCUUUUUUGCUCAGUGACCAAGCUUAAGGGGAGCCCAUAAACAGAAAAUUAGCAUAGCUCUCCGAUUUAUGUUCCCCAGAAAUAGGCACUGAAUGGCAUAUAGCAAGUACAUCUAGCAAUAGCAAGUACAUUUCUAUUCUGCUUAUCAGUGAACUAGUACUCCCUAAGCAGUUUACAAUGUGUAAACUGCCCCCCAAAAGUUGAGUACUUGUUUUACUGACCUACAAAAGGAUGAAAGGCUGAAUGGACCCUGGAGCCCUGCCUGGGAUCGAACUUACAACCAACUGGCAUUUAACCACUGAACCACCAAGGCUCCUUGCAUUAGAAGUACAGUCACCCCUCCUUUCAUGGGAGAUACGUUCUGGACCCCCUCGCGAAAAUGGAGUUUCACUUUAUUCAAGCCCCAUUGGCUUGAAUAUAGGCGUGGGUGCACCCCCAUUCUUUACCCCUCUGUUGUCCUUCACAUAAGUGAUGGUUGCAAGUCCAAAGAUUGCGAGAAUGGAGGAAGGACUGUAUAUAGCUUCUAAUACUGGCAGAAAUGUGCAGCCAUCAUGGACAGUAGCCAUUGGUUGUGUUAUCCUCCAUAAAUGUGUUUGCCACCCUUUUAAAAGGUUUUUGAAAAGGUCCACCUUACCUAGACUGGGAGGCAAUCCAACUGCCUCUGCCUUGGCCUCAGAGAGAGAGAAAGAGCAGGCAAAGCUCCAACAUGCCUAGUCCCAGAGGGAAAUAAAAUGCCUUCCCUCCAGCUUAACUGCCACCACCCUGGCCUCAAAGAGAGAGAAGAAGAAGAGGCAGGCACAACUCCAUCAUGCCUAACCCCAGAGGAGAGAUAAGAACUAGCAGGAGCUGCUGGACCUGAUCCCCUUUCCCACUGCCAUUCCUUUCUCCUUUUCUUCCAUGCCUUUUUAGAUUGUAAGCCUGAGGGCAGUGAACUGUCUAGUUAACAAUUUGUAAGCCAGGGUGUAAAUACUCUAAAUGAAUGAAAAUGAAAUCAUUAUUUGCUAGGAGGCAUCCUAUCAUUUGUCUGCAGAGGAAGAUAUAUAUAUAUAUAUAUCUGUUUAAAAUCAACUUGUUGCCUAGCUUAAGUGCAUGUGUCAGUCUGUACUUUUGUUGGCUAAAGCAUUCUCAACCUAUGAACAGUUCCUUGCAGUAUGGUUUCACAUAUACUUCAGGUUGUUGGUUGGCAGAUGGAUGGAUACCGGUGAUAGUUAACAUGAGAGCUGACAGAGCAAAGUCCAGGGGAGCACAACUUCCUGGUGGAAUUCAAAAUGGGUACCCCCCCCCCCCUGAAAGUUAGCAGCUUUCUCUACUUUUGCAAUGGUAACUGAUAGAAUUAAGCAAUAACUGUAGUGGUUCUUUAUGGUACCAGAGACCUUAGCUGGACCAAAAAGGCCAGCAGACUUUCAGGGCAGAGUCUCUCCUUCCUGCCUUCAUCUAACAUGAAGUCAUCUGCUAUCUGUUCCAAACCACUCUGUACCUCUCUGAGCUUCACUGCAACUAGUAUGUAGGAAUGCAUCUUUCUAAUGCUAUAUUGUUGGGAGCUAUAUGUUUGUCUUACUUGCUAUUUGGGGAGUUGAUGGGUAAUUAAGGUCCAUUAGAUUACAAAACACCAGCUCCAGGGGGAGAAGAAAACAGCUUUGGCCUUGUGAACUCUGGCUCCACUAUAUAACUGGAGAUGAUUAUACUUGUCUCCUUUAUAGCUGGCUGGAUGUAACUCUAAUCCAGAAGAAAUAAUUCUGAAAUCCUGUUGAGUCAAUAGGAUGGAGUAGUGUGACUAAUUUUCUCCUCUCAAGUCCAGUGUGAGUGUUGGUGGAGCAACUUUCUCAACAACUGAAACAUACUACAGAAAAGUGAAAUAGUUUUAUAACAUGAUUUAUAGUAAUAAGUCCAAUGCUAUUAAGAGGCCUAGUCCUGAGCAUUUA